AUGGCCCGAGGAAUCAAGAAGCACCAGAAGCGCCUCAGCGCGCCGUCGCACUGGCUGCUGGACAAGCUGUCCGGCACCUACGCGCCCAAGCCGUCGGCCGGUCCCCACAAGCUCCGCGACUGCAUGCCGCUCAUCGUCUUCAUCCGCAACCGCCUCAAGUACGCGCUCAACUACCGCGAGACCAAGGCCAUCCUCAUGCAGCGCCUGGUCAAGGUCGACGGCAAGGUCCGCACCGACAUGACCUACCCUGCCGGCUUCAUGGACGUCAUCACCAUCGAGAAGACGGGCGAGAACUUCCGCCUCAUCUACGACACCAAGGGCCGCUUCACCGUCCACCGGAUCCAGGCCGAGGAGGCCGAGUACAAGCUCGGCAAGGUCAAGCGCGUCCAGCUCGGCCGCGGUGGAAUCCCAUUCUUGGUCACGCACGAUGCGAGAACCAUCCGCUACCCUGACCCCGCCAUCAAGGUCAACGACACCGUCAAGAUCGACCUGAGCACCGGCAAGAUCUCCGACUUCAUCAAGUUCGACACUGGCGCUGUCGCCAUGGUCACUGGUGGUCGUAACAUGGGCCGUGUUGGUGUCAUCACCCACCGUGAGCGCCACGACGGUGGCUUCAACAUCGUCCACAUCAAGGACGCCAUCGACAACAGCUUCGCCACCCGUGAGAGCAACGUCUUCGUCAUCGGCCAGGACAAGCCCUGGAUCUCCCUGCCCAAGGGCAAGGGUGUCAAGCUGUCCAUUGCUGAGGAGCGUGACCGCCGCCGUGCCUACGCCACCUCCCACUAA